AUGCCCCCCAAGUCCAUCCUCAAGAAGACGCCGGCCGUGGCUGCCAAUGCCCCGACCACCACCACCACCAAAGCAGUCAACCCGCGCCAUCUCGCAGUCGCCCGCCACCAUGCCUCCGUGCUCGAGGACCGCAAGCGUGUCGAGGCAGAGGUCCUGCAGGCCGUCAUGACGCUGAUGGAUUUCCCCUCGUCGCCAGACGCUGAUGCAAAGCGACCCACUCCCGCGGACGCUCGCUUCUUCCAGACGGCAAUCAUUCCCUUCCAGCCCGCCGACUACGACGCCCUGAUCGAGGAGCGCAACAUUGCCGACAAGUGCGGCUAUGCCCUGUGCCCCCGCCCCAAGACCAAAGCCCGCUCAACCGCCAAGAAGCAGUUUGUCGACACAGAGGACGGCGUGCAGAUUGUCGACCGCAAGGUGCUCGAGGUGUGGUGUUCCGAUGACUGCGCGCGCCGGGCCCUUUAUGUCAAAGUCCAGCUGAGCGAGGAACCCGCCUGGCUGCGGCAGGGCGGGUACGGCGAUAAGAUUGAACUCAUGGUGGAAAACGAAGAGGAGCAUCGUGUUACCCUGCCCCUGCGGCCGAAGCAGCCAGUCGCCUCCACCAAGGACCAGGAUGAAGACGACGACGUGGAUGCAGCCUGGGCCGCCCGUGAAGAUGCCAUGGCCGACCUGGCUCUUGAGCGAGGAGAAAAGCCGGGCCAGGUCACCAAGGCGAACAGCGACCUCGUCCAAGACCAGAUCCUCGAGCGGCCUCUGAACAAUGCGCCCCCGCAACCGCCCUCGCUUCCCACGCAGACAUCUGACCACACCAUGGCCAUUGAAGGCCACGUUCCGCGCAUCAACAGAAAAGACAAAGAUGACGAUGAAGAUGAAGAUGACCCACAAGACUGGGAAAAGCAUCUACCAGGAUGA